UGGGUGUUAAGAGUGACGAAAUCAUUUUUGGGCGAUCGGGGGCUCACAUAUAUAGAACAGGGGGUGAUUCUGCCCUCCCGUGUCAUUCAACUGGUGGUGAAACGUCCGCUCAAUUUCUACUUCCAUCCCGGAGACUAUGUCUACGUCCAGAUCCCAGACAUUACUAAAUAUGAAUGGCACCCGCUUACCAUCAGUAGCGCUCCCGAACAGUCAGAUGUUAUUUGGCUACAUAUCCGAGCGGUGGGCGAAUGGACUAAUCGUUUGUAUAACUAUUUCAAUAUGGAGGCAACAGUUAAGGCUAGUCUUGUCAAUUGGCCGAAAGUUAGCCAAUGUUUGUCUCAAGCAAAUCGCGAGUAUAGGGCCGAAGCAAAUGGUGACAAAAAUAAGGAGUCAGUGAUUGAGUCUCCCAUCAGAAGAGUAAAGAGUUUGUCGGCUUUUGGUAGCACUUCAUCGCAAACGACGCGAUCGUUGGAUAGUCUGUAUAAAAACGCGAAAGUAAUGGUAUUGCCGGUGCCGGUCGACUGCAAUGAGUACGGCUGUGGCAAAGAGGCCCUCAACGAGAAGAAGAGGAAUGAUGUAGAGAUGGCCGCCUCUCCGAUCAGCAAAUUGUCGUUCCAGUCGCUGACGCGGCCGUCAUUUCUCGACAAACCACACAUCUUAACGAAUGCCAUAAUUCUGGACAAACCAUUGAAAGUCCGUUUGGACGGUCCGUAUGGGUCGCCCUCUUCGCACAUAUUCCGCACACAACACGCUAUACUCAUUGCCACCGGCAUUGGUGUCACACCUUUUGCCAGUAUAUUGCAGUCAAUUAUGCUCCGGUACAUUGAGGCCAAGCGGUGGUGUCCGUCGUGUUCCCACAGUUGGUCAGAUCCCAUACCACCCAAUGUGAUGAAGUUAAGGAAAGUAGACUUUAUGUGGAUUAAUAGGGAUCAGACUAGCUUUGAAUGGUUUGUCAAUCUGUUGUCUGAGUUGGAGAAACAACAGGAGGAAUGGCACGAAACGGACCGUUUUCUCGACACACAUAUGCAUAUAACUCAGGGAAGCUAUCGGGAGAGAAGGGUUAGUAUGCCUUUGGACGACAGGGAGCCUAACAUCGAGUCGACCACUGGUCUCAAGUGGCAUAAGGGAAGACCCGAUUGGCACAGAUUUUUUAAGUUAAUGGCCGACAAGAAGAAGGGAAGGAUUACUGUGUUUUUCUGCGGCCGAUCCGAUUUGGCCCGAAGUUUGCGUCACAUCUGCAGUCAAUUUGGCUUUCAGUUCAGGAAAGAAGGCGGUCAAGUGAUUCCCGCCGUGCGUGUGGCCUUUUUAUUGACAUUGCUAUUAAUGAACCUGGUACUAUUCAUUUGGCGCUCGUAUGAGUACCGGGCGUUCGGAUGGCUAGUGAUGUUGGCCAGAGCUAAUGGCCAGUGUCUGAACUUCACGUGCGCUAUCAUUAUAGUAUGCGUUUGCCGUAAAUCCAUCACAAAAUUGCGAUCCAUAGGGUUUAGCGAAUACUUACCGCUCGACCAUUACGUCUACUACCAUAAGCUGAUCGGUUGGGCGGUUGUCUUCUACAGCCUCUUCCACACCGUUAUGCACGUCAUUAACUUCAAAGUGCUCUCCAAAGUGACCACAAUCUCGUGGUUCGACUUUCUCUUCUCCACACAUCUGGGCAUCGGAUGGAUCGGCGGCGCCGCCUCUCUGACCGGUUGGAUAUUGUUGGCGCUGUUGGUGGCGAUGAUGGUUCCCGCGCAGCCCUUUAUGCGGCGAUCCGGCAAAUUUGAAGUCUUUUACUACUCGCACCUCUUAUACGUGCCGUUUUACAUCUGCCUCUUCAUACACGCGCCCAGCUUUUGGAUGUGGUUCUUGUGUCCACUCAUUGUCUUCUCUAUAGAGUGGGUGUUAAGAGUGACGAAAUCAUUUUUGGGCGAUCGGGGGCUUACAUACAUAGAGCAGGGGGUGAUUCUGCCCUCCCGUGUCAUACAACUGGUGGUGAAACGUCCGCCCAAUUUCUACUUCCAUCCCGGAGACUAUGUCUACGUCCAGAUCCCAGACAUUACUAAAUAUGAAUGGCAUCCGCUCACUAUCAGUAGCGCUCCCGAACAGUCAGACGUUAUUUGGUUACACAUCCGAGCGGUGGGCGAAUGGACUAAUCGUUUAUAUAACUAUUUUAAUAUGGAGGCAACAGUUAAGGCUAGUCUUCUCAAUUGGCCGAAAGUUAGCCUAUGUUUAUCUCAAGCAAAUCGCGAGUAUAGGGCCGAAGCAGAUGGCGACAAAAAUAAAGAGUCAGCGAUUGAGUCUCCCAUCAGAAGAGUAAAGAGUUUGUCGGCUUUUGGCAGCACUUCAUCGCAAACGACGCGAUCGUUGGAUAGUCUAUAUAAAAACGCGAGAGUAAUGGUAUUGCCGGUGCCGGUCGACUGCAAUGAGUACGGCUGUGGCAAAGAGGCUCUCAACGAGAAGAAGAGAAGUGAUGUAGAGAUGGCCGCCUCUCCGAUCAGCAAAUUGUCGUUCAAAUCGCUGACUCGACCGUCAAUUCUCGACGAACCAAACAUCUUAACGAAUGCCAUAAUUCUGGACAAACCAUUGAAAGUCCGUUUAGACGGUCCGUAUGGGUCGCCCUCUUCGCACAUAUUCCGCACACAACACGCUAUACUCAUUGCCACCGGCAUUGGUGUCACACCUUUUGCCAGUAUAUUGCAGUCAAUUAUGCUCCGCUAUAUUGAGGCCAAGCGGUGGUGUCCGUCGUGUUCCCACAGUUGGUCUGAUCCCAUACCACCCAAUGUGAUGAAGUUAAGGAAAGUAGACUUUAUGUGGAUUAAUAGGGAUCAGACCAGCUUUGAAUGGUUCGUCAAUCUGUUGUCUGAGUUGGAGAAACAACAGGAGGAAUGGCACGAAACGGACCGUUUCCUCGACACACAUAUGCAUAUAACUCAGGGAAGCUAUCGAGAGAGAAGGGUUAGUAUGCCUUUGGACGACAGGGAGCCCAACAUUGAGUCGACCACUGGUCUCAAGUGGCAUAAGGGAAGACCCGAUUGGCACAGAUUUUUUAAGUCAAUGGCCGAUAAGAAGAAGGGAAGGAUUACUGUGUUUUUCUGCGGCCGAUCCGAUUUGGCCCGCAGUUUGCGUCACAUCUGCAGUCAAUUUGGCUUUCAGUUCAGGAAAGAAUGGAUACCAUUCAUACAAUUCAAUGUAAUUAAUGCAUCGAUUAAUGGAGUUUAUACAUUAAAAACGGAUGACUCGGACGGAACACAAUUAGCUAACGGCUCGUGGAAUGGAUUGAUUGGUUUACUCACUAGAAAUGAUUAUAAAUCAGAGGAUAACAUAAAGAUAUGGAAAAGGGUUUUAAUAAACAAGAAUAUAUCGAUUAUAAGGAGUGAAGAGCAAUAUUACGAGAGAGAAAGGAUGAGUCUCUUUAGUGAGGGUCGGAUCGCAAUGAUUGAAGUGAUGAGCGAUUUUAAUGUCUUAAAAUAUGAUUAUUGCAAACGGAAUCCCAAUCUUAAGCUUUACAUAUCGGACACCACUAUUAUCAACAACUAUUUGGCGCUCGGCUUCCCUUUGGGCACUCAUUUACAAUUGAUUGAUAAAAUUAAUUCGGACUCAAAGCUCAUUCAA